CUGAUAUUGGCAUCUCCAUUACUAACUCCUGAUUUACGGUUAAAACGCCUCUUCCCUCUCUCCGACGCUUCUCGUCGGAAAUCUGGGUUUAAGUUUCUUCUGCAGAUCGGAAGAGAUUCUAUUGAAGCGGCGUUGACACGAUUUCAUCUAUAAUUGUACGAUAAUGAAGCAGAAGAACCAGCAUAAGAAGAAGAAGAAGCGAUCCUGCGCCGCGAAACCUUCCGGUGAUGGAACGACGUCGGACGGGAACAAAAAAGAUGUGGAGGAAGAGAGGAAGGACGGUGAAGGAAAGAGGGAGAUAGAAAACGUUGGAAAAAAUUUUAUCGAAUCGUUAAUGGAAGCCUUUUGCUCGGUUUCAAUGGAGGAAGCGAUGGCUGCUUAUAAGGAAGCAGGCGGAGAUCUGAACAAAGCCGCUGAGAUUUUAUCGGAUCUGGUGGAAAGCGGUGAUGAUCCGUCGACGAGUUCGGUGGCGAGUGGUUCUUCGGGUCAGGAAACAGCGUCUACCUCUGAGUAUGGGGCAGGGUCAAGUUCUAGCUGUAGCGAAGAUUUGACUAGAGAUAGAUGGUUUAAGGGAAGCAAGCAGAGUAGAGUUAUUGCUGCUACAGGGAUGGUUUCUUCUGUGAUUGCGAAGGAUUACUUGAAGCCAAACCCUGUGCGAAAAGAGUUUCCUAUGAUGGAACGGUCUAAAGAGCUCUGUGGGAACGGGAAAAAAGCUGCGGAUAGAGAGAAAGCUGAACAGUUCUUAAGUUCAAUGCUUGGAGAUGAUUGCGAGCUUAGCAUGGCUGUUGUUAGAGAUGUUUUGUGUCAAUGUGGCUAUGAUGUCGACAUGGCUUUGAAUGUCUUGCUUGACAUGUCUUCUUCAUCAACUGAUGAUUCAUUGAGUGGUAAAUGUUUCGGCAUAGGAGUCAGCGAUAGUCUGGCAGAGUCAUCUUUUGAUACUGAUACUUCUGAUUGUGAACUUUUCUGGGGUGGAGACUAUAGUCAAAGGGACUACGCAAAAGCUCUCAUGAGUUCUCAAGAUCCUUUUGCAACUACCCAAGGAAUUGAUGAGCUUGGUCUUCCACAAAAAGUGUUGGAGUCUCUGUUCAACAUUCGCCAGAAUCCUAAACAUGAAUCAAAGACAACGAGUUGGAGGAAUGUGGCAAAGAAAAUGCAGUCACUUGGCAUUGAUGCUUCUUCAUCUAGUGGGGAAGAGCCUCACCCUAAUACGUUUGUGAAGGAUGACAGUUAUCAUGAACUUAGAAAAGGUGCAAAUGACCAGUGGAAUGUUACGAAGUCCUACUAUCAAAAAGCUGCCGAAGCAUAUUCGAAAGGAGGGAGGGCUCAUGCGGCUUACCUUUCUGACAAGGGAAGAGUGGCAUCUAAACAAGCUCAACGGGCUGAUGAGAGGGCAAGCCAAGAUAUAUUCGUUGCAAGAAACAAAGGUAUAGAGAAUGUGGUAACCAUUGAUCUGCAUGGUCAGCAUGUUAAACCAGCAAUGAAGCUACUGAAGCUACAUCUCUUAUUUGGAUCAUAUGUUCCUUGUGAGUACUUAGCAAACUCAAUUAUAAGUCUUUUCUUCUUUAGUAGAUCAUCAUAGUCAGAUCUUGUCAUCAUAAAACCCGAGAUAAUACCUUCCUCCUAACAAUUGUGAAAUCAUCCAGCCAUUCAGACUCUACGAGUGAUCACAGGAUGUGGAGCUUCUGGGUUUGGGAAGUCUAAGGUGAAACAAUCAGUAAGUUUCUUCAACGCCCUUUCACAGCAAAACCGGAGACAAGAAUUUAGUAUUGCAGUCAUGGUAUAUGAUUGUUAUUUAUGGAUAUGAUCAGGUGGUAAAGCUGCUAGAAAGAGAAGGAGUUAGGUAUUGUGAAGAGAACAGAGGGACACUGCUGAUCAAGCUUGACGGAGGUAGUAGAGAGUUCAGUUUCUUAGACACAGAGAGUGACUCUGAUGAAUAAGUGAUAACUAAAACUAAAGUCAGGUUUUAGCUUUAGAUCUUAAAAUUUAUGUCGAUUUUGUCUAUAUCUGAUGCUAGCUCUCUGUUGUUAAGUAAAUGUUGGGCAAAACUUAGCUUCCUUCUUUUUCCUUUCCGUAUUUCACGUUAUUUAAGUUCUGAAAACACUUUGUCUGACACAGACAGAAUGUAUAUUUUUCGCUAACUCUUCUUUAGGAGUUUACUGAUAUAUAUAUUAUCGUGUAACUUCUAUAAAUUCUACAAAUGUUGACAAUGCA